AUGACUAACAAGUGUAUUAAAGGAAAGAACUUUUUUGGAUUCAUCCAACGUAUUUAUACUAUCUUUGCGAAUUCUACUAAGAGGUGGGAAAUUUUGAAAGAUAAUGUUAAAGCUUGGAGUCUUAAGUCAUUGUGUCAAACUCGUUGGGAAAGUCGGGUCGAGAGUGUAAAGGCUAUUAAACUGCAACUUGUGGAUGUACGGGAAGCUUUACUUCAAGUUGGAGAAAAAGAUAAUGAUGCUGCAAUUGCAAGUGAAGCAACUUCACUAGCAGAAAAAGAACUUAGUGACUUUGAAUUUUUGGUAUCAACUGUUGUUUGGUAUGAAGUAUUAAACCAUGUGAAUAUUGUGAGUAAGAAGUUACGAUCAAAGGAUAUGCAUCUUGAUAAUGCUAUUACAGAAAUAAAAAAAUUGAUUGGGUACUUCAAGAAUUAUAGAGAAACUGGUUUUUUAAAAGCGAUUGUUGAAGCUAAGGAGAUUGCUAUUGAAAUGGGUAUUGAUCCAAUAUUUCCACAAAAGCGUUUAUUGAAAGGAAAAAAAGCUAUUUCUUCUCUUGAGACAAGAUUUGAACAAUUCAAAGAGUAUGAUAAAGUAUUUGGUUUUUUAUUUCCACAAAAUUUGAGGGGAAUUGUAGAUAAAGAUCUUAAGUUAUAUUGUCAUCGUCUUGAAAAACCACUCAAGUUUGAAGAAAGAUCGGAUAAUGAUGUUGAGGAACUUUAUACGAAGUUGAAAUUAUUUGAGACAUUGGAAACCAAUGAAUUUAGCAACCCUAAAGAUGUUUUGAAGUUUUUGAAAGAACUUGAUUAUUUUCCAAAUGCAAGCAUUGCAUAUAGAAUAUUAUUGACUAUUCCAGUAACGGUCGCAUCUGCAGAAAGAAGUUUUUCCAAAUUGAAAUUUGUGAAAUCUUACCUACGCUCCACAAUGACCCAAAAAAGACUUAACGGUUUGGCGAUGAUAUCUAUCGAGAACGAAAUCUUAGAGAGUAUAGACUACGAAGAGUUGAUCAACCAAUUUGCAAUCAAGAAUGCUAGGAGAGCUUCAAGGAUCGUCGGUUAG